UUCUAUCGUAUUUUGUUUUGCUACGUGUGCAGGUAGAUGCAGCAUUAAUUGCCACUGGAAGAGCUCCAUUUACAAAAGGUCUAGGGUUGGAAAAUGUUCCUCACUUAUAUUGCAUUGGUCAUGCACAUGGGAAGUCGAUGCUUGCUCAUGCUGCAAGUGCACAGGGAAUAUCAGUUGUUGAACAACUCAGUGGAAAAGAUCAUGUUCUUAACCAUUUGAGUGUCCCAACAGCUUGCUUCACCCAUCCUGAAAUCAGUAUGGUGGGAUUGACCGAGACUCAAGCAAAGGAGAAAGCCAAGAAAGAAGAGUUCAAGAUAAGUGUUGCAAAGACGAGUUUCAAGGCGAACACAAAAGCAUUGGCCGAGAAUGAAGGGGAGGGUCUUGCCAAGUUGAUAUAUAGGCAUGAUACCAGUGAGAUUCUUGGAGUACAUAUAUUGGGGAUGCAUGGUGCUGAUCUUAUCCAUGAAGCAUCAAAUGCCAUUGCAUUAGGAACUCGUGUUCAGGACAUUAAGUUUGCAGUUCAUGCAUAUCCCACCCUAUCAGAAGUCCUUGACGAGCUUUUUAAAGCAACACAUGUCAAUGUAGAUGAACCCAAGCCAGUAGCAGUGUUGCCGGGGUUCCUGCGAGGUUACCCCUCUUAAAGAAGACUUAGGAGAGGUGACUGGAUAAUCACCACGUGCGCAUUCAGGGCGGUCUUGGCGGUGGAGAUUUUCAACUUCAAACCCUGGCCGAUGUUUUAGGUGAUGUCAGCCGGGGUUCUUGCGAGGUUUCAGCCUUUCACCUACCUGAUGAUGAUGGAGGCUUGCUACCUGGUAUGGCAACUCUGGUUGCAACCGUAGUGCUACUGAGCGGGUUCAACGACGAUGAUGAUCUUUUCUAGAUCUGAGUCGAUUUAUGUUGGUGAUUUUGUUUUUUUGGUUUUUCUUUUUGAGAUUGAUUAAACGAUUGUGUUAAUGGUGUUGGCCAUGUGGUUUCUCGUUGUUGUUUCGGCUGUGAUGUUGGUGGUUGUGCUGUUAAUAGUAGUAAUGAAAAGACAGGCUUUUUUAUGUUCA